CGGGUGAGGCCAAGCAGAGGUGGCUGGAACGGCUGGAAUCCAGAGGCUGCUGCAAACCAUGAGGCUAAACGAAGGGCUGAUCAAGUCCUUCCAAGCUCCUGCCACCGUCCGAAAAUUCCCAAGCAGCCACGUUUACUUGUUCAGAAGCGGACAGUCGGAUUCCGAUGACACAUCAGAAGAGGAACUCGAGGUCAUGGAAUUACGCGCAAGGAGGAACGAGCAACAGCGAAGCGACGUUGACCGGGCGAGAGUUGGGGACGUGGUGCUACUAGAACGAGAAGUCAGAGGAGACGACAACCUCAACAAAUUGGCUCUGCAGUAUGGAUGCAAAGUUGCAGAUAUCAAACGGGUCAAUAACUUUAUCCGAGAGCAAGACUUAUAUGCUCUGAAAUCCAUCAAGAUUCCAGUCAAAGUCAAUGGCCUAUUAACAGAGACCAGUGAAAAUGUGCUGCCUCCACAGUGUGCUGGUCCGUUACCCGCAGAACUGUCUGAAUCCAGUGAUAGAGAGAACAGCUGGUCAGACCACAAGCAAAUCGAUCAGUAUUUCAGAGGGAUCGACCGGAACAUUGAACAGGCAGCUCAGGUGGAGGCCUCUCCAAGCACAGACUAUUGCAUCGAAACGCCAAACGGGUCAACUCCGCAGCAGAAGGAAACCAGGAGCGGAGUGGAUUGCGGGAUCCAGUGGUGGAAUGCAGUCUUCGUUAUGCUCCUUGUAGGAAUCGUUUUGCCAGUGUUUUAUAUCGUCUAUUUUAAGACUCAGGAAUUGGAAGUAGCGACCGAUACGUCCAAUGUGACCGUUGCUGCGAAUAGCUCGUUGCACGGAUUACUGAGAGGAACACCAGUCCACCUUGGGCAGAGCGAACCCCCAUCCGCUGCCCCUUCCCCAAAACCAGUAGCUUUCAUCACAUCAGGGGGAUGAACCAACCCAUUCACACACACACACACACACACAAAAGGGGACAGGAGACUUUUCAGCUUUGAACAUAAGUGUUCUGGAUGAACAGACGACAGCUUUGUUGCGUGUAAAUUGUUGGCACUGAAAAUGGGAAAGAGACCACGGAAAACCAGGGCAAAGUGUGAUGGCAAGCCAGCCACAAACCUGCCUCGAUCAUGUCGGAAGAUGGCGCUGGGGUGGCCCAGUUUUAACAGCAAAAGGGGCGUGCUUUACCCCAUCCCACGGCUUACCUCCUUGUAGAAAAUGCUCACAGGCAUUUCUCUCUUCAGCUGACCUCCGGUAUCAAGUCUCCUCAGCCAGGAAAACAGACAUGAAGAAGAGAUUUCUGCUCUCUGCACCCCUUUUGCUGUUCAGCCAGGAAAACACACUGGAUGAGGCCCUUUUGAGGAAAUGGACCAAGCCAAACACCCAAAGAACUGAGUUUUUUUUUAAAAAAAAUAUAUUGCCAAUUCAUUAAAACUAAUCUUGUCAGUA